AACUGCAGCAGCUAACCAGAAUUAGCUAACCGUAACAGCCGACGCUACCAGAUAAAGGUCUCCAUUAACACCGUCAUAAGUUACACCAGAACACUGGGCCGUCUGCGGCAGCUGGACACGGUUAUCAUGCUAACUGAUGAAAUGGUCCCUGCCCAUGUUGAACAAAUGAUGCCGAUUAAAGAAGCAACUCCUGAAGAAUGUAGGCCUAGUGUGGACCAGCAGGAUUCUGAGCCCCUCAACAUAAAAGAGGAAGAGGAGGAACCUUGGUCCAGUUUGGAGAGAGACCGACUCAAUGUGAAGGAGGAAAUUGAAGUCACCAGAUUUUCAGUCACUUUAGUUCAUUUGAAAAAUGAAGAUGAUGAAGAGAAGCCUCAGUUCUCACAGCUUCAUCAGCACCAAGUGGAAUACAGAGAUCUUCCAACCAGCAGCUCAGCUGAUCAGAUGGAAACAGCAGCUGAUGGAGAGGACUGCAGAGGAGCAGAAACUACCAGCAACUCAGAUCUAAAUACUCACAUAGAUGAUUUCAGCUCUUCAGAGACUGAACUCAGUGAGGAUUGUGAAAAUGACGAGGAUGUGAACUAUCCUGACUCUCAGAUGAAGGACUUGUCAGACUCUGGUCCUAAAACUAAAGACAGUAACAAAGAGUGGGAGGAGAGCAGGUCUCCUGAGUCAGGUGUAAACACUGUCAACAAAUCUUUAAGCUGCUCUGAGUGUGGUAAGCUGUAUGUCAACAACCAGUCUCUUCAAAGACACAUGACAUGUCAUCCAAGUGUAAAGUCUUCAAGCUGUUUGGUUAAAAUGAGAAGUGUAGGAGUGAAGAAAACUGUAGAGUCACACAGGAAAGUCCAGGCAGAACCAAAACCAUUUAAAUGUGAUGACUGUAAUAAAAGAUUUACAAGCAAAAGUGAUCUAAACAGACACAUGAGAGUCCACACAGGAGAAAAACCCUUUCCUUGUCAGCUUUGUGGACAACGAUUUCGCUUUAGGGCUAACUUAAACUUGCACAUAAGAAUCCACACAGGAGACAAACAGUUUACUUGUGAUCUUUGUGGACAUAGAUUUAACCAGAAUUCAUCUCUACAGAGACACAUGAGAAUUCACACAGGAGAAAAACCUUUUCUCUGUGAUUUUUGUGGACAAAAUUUUAGUGAUAAGACAGCCUUAAACAACCACACAAAAAUCCACACAGGAGACAAACCAUUUUCUUGUGAUCUUUGUGGACAAAGAUUUAGCCGAAAGUCACUAGUAGACUCCCACAUGAAAAAACACACAGGAGACAAACCGUAUCCUUGUGACGUUUGUGGACAAAGAUUUAAGCAAACGUCACAUUUAAACUCCCACGUGAGAAUCCACACAGGCGACAAACCAUUUCCUUGUGAGAUUUGUGGAAAACGUUUUGGCCAAAUGUCACAUUUAGGCCCACACAUGAGAAUCCACACAGGAGACAAACCAUUUCCUUGUGAGAUUUGUGGACAAAAAUUUACAUUUAAACUAACCUUGCGCUCCCACAUGAGAAUUCACACAGGAGACAAACCAUUUUCUUGCGACUUUUGUGGACAACAAUUUAGGCAAAAAGGAACUUUACACUCACACAUAAGAAUCCAUACAGGAGACAAACCAUUCCCUUGUGAUUUUUGUGGACAACAAUUUAGGCAAAAAGGAACUUUACGCUCACAUACAAGAAAACACACAGGAGACAAACCGUUUUCUUGUGAUGUUUGUGGUCAAUCAUUUAGCCUGAAGAAAACUUUAAACUCUCACAAAAAAAUUCACUCAUGA